AUGUCGAAAUAAUACUAUAAUAAUAUGUGGCAGGAAACAAUAAAUGAUAUUCAAGACUUGAUAUAAGUUGAGAAUUUCUAAAACGAACCUGACUUUUUAAAAAAGCCAUCUCAGGAUUUGUUUUAACAUUAUGCAUAAAAUUACAUUCGUUACAUAGGAAUUUAUAAGAAGUUUUAAUAAACAAAUAAUUAUUAUUAGAUUAGAAGAUUGUUAUGAUUAGAUGGUGCAUCCAUAGAAAAAAUUAAAUUUGAAGGAAUUGCUAGAGUUAGCAAUAAUUAGAAUGAUCGAAAAUAAAAAAUUAGUUAUCUAAUAUAAUGUGCACUCAAACAGUUAUCAAUCAGAUAUGGUGAAUUUAGAUGAAUUAAUAACAGACUUAAAACUUACUCCAGAUUAUUUAGAAGUGCCUAUUCCAAGAUAUUUUAAAAAAGAAACAGACAAAGAAAGAUUGGAUGAGAGGAACUUCAUUAUUGAUAAAACAUUGCAGGAUAUGGAUUUGGGUUAGCCAGAAGAAACUGUGAUAGAAGAACAAUACUUUUUUGAUACAAGAUUAGAAAAUAUUAUAGAAAUAAUUUAGAGAAAUGAAAGAGGAAGGUAAGGUAUUAAAAGAGGAAUGUAAUUGAAAUAAUUGAAAAAAGAGAGAUUAAGAAAAGAGAACAAAACAAAAAGAUUAGCAGAAGGUGAGGAGAUUACUGAUGAAUAAGAAAAUGAUAAAUCAGUUUUAAUAAUCUAAAAAUAUUUCAAAGGUUAUAAAGGAAGAGAAUAAGUUUAUUUUAUGAGAGAAGAAGAGAUGAAAUUCUUGGGAAUUCAAAGGGAUGCUGAAGAUCCAAAAUAACCAAAUUCCUAAUUUAUGAAAGCAUAAGAAUAAAGAUAAAAGUAGAAAUUAAUAAUAUUUUUUUUAGAAUGACAUUAAUUCAAUAAUAACAUAUGAAAGAUUAUGAAGCUAAAAAAAUAGAACUUAAAAAAUUGGUUUAGGAAACAGAAGGACCAGAAAUUAAAGAGAAGAAAAUCAAAGAAAGAAUUGAUUGGAUUGAUAUGUAUUUGGAUAAAACAGAAGGAAGUAAUAAUUACAUUAUAAUAAGAAAAACUACCUGCUAAAGCUAUUGAUUAUUAUGAUGAUAAAAAAAGAUAUCCUCCAACUUAAGAAGAAUUAGAUGCUUUGAAAGGAGGAAAGAAAGGUGCUAAAAAGGAAAACAAACCUGAAAAGAAAGGAAAAAAAGGGAAAAAAGACAAGAAGGAAGAAAAAAAAGACACAAUAGAUUUAACUACAGUUAUAAAAAUAAAUGAGAGAGUUGAAGAAUAUUUGACAACUUGGGGAUCAACAGAUGAUUCAACAAAUUUUCAAUAAACUUUUGUAACUGAUGUUGCAAAAGGUUUAGUAAGAUCAUCGGUUGAAACUGAAAUGAAUAGUUUAGUUGAUGAACUAAUUGAAAUUGAAUUAGACAAUAGACAUUUGUUUUUAUUAAAGAAGCCUAGAAAGAGACCACCUAAGCCAAGACCAGUAAAACCUCCUAAACCCAAAAACUUUAAAGUUCCUGGAGCAGGUGGUGUAAAAGGAAGAGAUGUCUUCGAUUUGUUAAGUGAAUUAUUAGAAUAUGGAAUUGUCAAAAAAUUAAUGCCUGCCAACUUGGCUGAUCUAAAAGGUGGAUAAAAUGUAUUAGGAGCAACAUAAGAAUAACAGUUUGCAACUACACCUGAUCCUUCUUAUCCUUAAUUAAGAUCGGCAUUAGCUGAAUUUGUUGGUAUGUAAUUGGGUUCUCCAGUUUUAAAGGAAAAAUUAGAUAAAAUGUCUUAUUUCUUAUUCUUUGGCCCAUCAGGAUCUGGUAAAACUUUAGCAAUUAGAGCUUUGGCAACUGAAUGCAAUGCUAUGUUAUUGGAUAUUACACCUAGUUCUCCUGAAGUAUAAUAAAAGUUUUCUGAUAAAUCUUCGAUUGGAAAGACAUUUUAUACUGUUUUUUAUGUGGCUAAGGUCUUGCAUCCAACAAUUAUUUUUAUGGAUAACAUAGAAUAAGUGUUUGGAUCUGCAAAAAAGAAAAAGGGUGUUCCUGCAGCUCCUUGGGCUAAAUUAAAGAAACCACUUUAAGAUUUUAAGAAGGCUAAGUUUAUUGAACCAACUACAAGAGUUGUUUUUAUUGGAUGCACUAAUUAGCCAGAAUUAAUGAUUAUGAAAGAUACUAAGAACUUCUUUGAAAAAAAAUUCUUUUUCCCAAUGCUAAAUUACGAUACUAGAUUGACAUUACUAAAGUAUUUUAUUGAAGAAAAAGGUGUAAAAUUGGAACCUAAUUUUCCUUUGAGCACUUUGGCCCAUCUGACAGAAGGAUAUACCGCUGGAUCUUUCAAAAAUGUUCUUGAUAAAAUUAUAACACCAGAAAGAAUAAAAAAGAUUCCUGAUGAGCCAAUAACUAUUAAUGAAUUUGUGGAUAGACUUGCAAGGCAACCUUAUGUAAAGUCUUAAGCUGAAUAUGAUAAAUUGAGAGUAUUAAUUUUAAUGUAUUUUAGACCUUUUUUGAUGAAGUCACAGGAACAAAAGACAGAAGAGAGAAAUCUAAGGCUGUUGCUGUAGACCCAAAAAAGGGUGGGAAGAAAAAAUGA